AUGUCCAUCGAGGGAGUUUUGCGAGCAGUACGACGAUCUAUGGCGAGCAAUGAUGACGACUGGUCCGAUCGACUGUCGCACCUCAUCACCAGCAACAUGCUGGUCACAGCAGCCGGAAUCGUCUCGUAUAAGAUGUUCUCCGACGGACCGCUAGAGUGCAUGCCACCCAGCUUCUUCCCGAAGUCUUGGUCAAGGUAUGCUGAAAACUACUGUUGGUCGCAAGACACCUACUUCGUCGAGCCAAAGCAGCACGUCGAACUCUUGAAACCGGAUCAGCGGUACACUCCCGAACGCGAGCUAUCUUAUUACCAAUGGGUACCGUUCUUCUUGCUGCUUCAAGCAGCUUUCUUCCGUGCACCAAGUUUUUUGUGGAAAUCUUUUUCAAAUCACUCAGGCAUCAGGAUGCACGAGGUUGUAGAGAAAGCAAAGGAUUCGGCUAAUGUUGAGGAGGAGGUGCGUCAGAAGAACAUUUGUAUACUAGCACGUCAUCUCCAAAAUGCACUUCGUUUUCAUCGGCGAAUGGAGAAGAGGCGGGUAGUUGUGCAUAAGACGGUGACAUGUCUCAACUAUCAGUAUUCGUCGGGAUUCGUAUCAGCCGUCUACCUAUUCACGAAAGCGCUCUAUCUCGUCAACGUGGUGCUGCAACUGUGGUUGAUGAACUAUUUUCUCGGCACCAAUAAACACCAAUGGUACGGUCUUGGUGUCAUAAAAGACAUAGUGAAUGGUGUUGAAUGGGAGACUAGCGGCUAUUUUCCGCGUUCUGCAAUUUGUGAUUUUGAGGUACGACAAAUAGCAAAUAUUCAAAAAUAUUCGGUUCAAUGUGUGCUCGUCAUAAAUAUUUUCAACGAGAAGAUCUUUGUUAUCCUAUGGUUCUGGUAUCUGCUGUUGUUCGUCUCCGCUGCAUUCACCUUUGUUACGUGGUUCUUUGUUCUCCUCUUCCCCUGCUUCUCCAGAUGGUUUAUCGAACAGCAUCUGGAACUUAGUAGCCUCGAUAGUUUCGACUCAGAGUCGAUGAAAACUUCCGCCAAUGUACGGAAAUUUGUUUACGACUACCUCCAUCGCGACGGUGUGUUCGUGUUGAGGAUGGUCUCCGCUCAUGCAGGUAUCAUCUUUGGGACCGAUCUCAUUGUGGAGUUAUGGAGGACAUUCUACGGGAUCGAAAAGAGGGCCACGACACCUCUGACACCAAAUGGUGACGAUCCAUUGCAAACGGAAUUGAAAACCGUGACCUCCGUGCGUAACAGAAAGAAGCAGAAUCUUUUGUCGAUGUUAGAAGGCGGCGAUAUAACGACGACACUCAUGCCUUUAACUCCAGAGGAUGAGGAGAAGCAGAGUGCGAGUUCGGAUGAGGAUCGCAAGCCGUAG